ACUUUGUCUCGACGGCACAGAAUAUACACAUGCCCGUUUGGCUAGACCAGCCAUCCUACGUCACUCCUCAGAUAGACCUCAUCCACGAGCCUAUGCCGAUCUAGACCGUCCCGUGCAUACCACGACUAUCAAUCGCAAUCGACCACCAUGUCUUCGGAUCAACCUCCCAAGGAUGCCGACGCCGAGUUGGAAGCCUUCAGACGACAAUGGCGCGCCGAGGUUCAAUCACGAAACAAUCAACAACGCUCAGAAGCUGCUCCUUCACUUCGUCAACACAGAAUCCCUCCUCCCUCGUCGUCCGCUCCGAAGCCAAGACCACAACACAAACAUGAUGAAAACGAAGAAGAGGACGUUGCUUCCCAGGUCUAUUAUGACUUAGCGGACAAAGACGCAGACUUCAGAGUCGACGCCCUCGAACAAGUCAUCGCCAGAGGCGCCUUGACAAAGGAGCCUCAAUCUGCUCUGGAACAUUAUGAGAAGGCGGUAGAGAAAGAGACCAUGGGGAGCUUAGGAGACAGUGUCGCCCUCUACCGCACUGCCUUCAAGAUGGACGACCGCGUACACGAGAAAUACAAGAACAAGCAUUUCCCUCCUUCGGCUUUCCCACCAAAGCCAAAACCUGCAGUGCAGCAACAACAACAACCAAACCCUUCAAAUGCUUCGCAGACUGUGCCCGGCACUGCACACCACUCGUCUCACGGCUUACCACCGACUCUGUCUGAGUUAGUGGACCAAUUCUCUCAGCUCUCCAUACCUGGCGCCCCAGCCCCUACCGACGCCGACCCAGCGCCGCCGUGUCCAAUAGCAGACCUUCCCGGCGAGAUCUUGUCUGACAUCUUGACUUGGGCCGCUGUCAAUGACCUGGCAUCACUCGCCAAAGUCGCUCUGGUCUGCAAGAGAUUUGCAUUCCUUGUCAUGACCGACGAGGCUAUUUGGAAGCGCGUUGCCCAAGGUCCAGAAUUUGGCUUCGCAGGCAUGCACUACAACUAUGUUUGCAAUCUCAAAGGCGAGCCCGUCAAUCCCCAUCUCGACGACGACGCAGCCUACCUUUCCGAAGGACAAGACAUUGACUCGGACGAAGAACAACAAAUCGUCACACCCCUUCGCCCCUCCAAAACUACCCCAGAAAUCGACAAUACACUACUCCACUCCCUCUACUCAUCCUCCUGGCGCCAGAUGUUUCGCUCACGACCUCGUCUCCGCUUCAAUGGCUGCUACAUCAGUACAGUAAACUACCAACGUCCUGGAGCUACAAACACAAACUCGUCUACCUGGGGCACUCCCAUUCUCAUUGUUACUUACUUCCGCUACCUUCGCUUCUUCCGCGACGGUUCUUGCAUCUCUCUUCUCACCACAACUGAACCAAUUGAUGUAGUACACCAUCUCACAAAGGAAAACCUGCGCUCCUACGCCACUGGCUCAUUACUCCCCAACAGCGUCAUGAAAGAUGCUCUGCGGGGUCGUUGGCGUCUCUCGGGUCCUGGUAACGAUGCAGACACCGAGGCCGAAGGAGAUGUCCACAUUGAGACUGAUGGUGUGAUUCCAAAGUACAUGUGGAAGAUGCAGUUUGCACUUGGCAGCAGGGGCAAGAAAUCAGCAGGAGGCAAUAAAUUAUCUUGGAAGGGAUUCUGGAGUUACAAUCGCUUGACUGACGAUUGGGGCGAGUUUGGAUUGAAGAAUGAUAAAGCGUUUUUGUUCAGCAGGGUCAGAGGGUAUGGAAUGGGGUAUUAGACUACCUUGUUCCCCUGAAUAGAGUAUAGUAGAGCCGAUGUUUACGAAUUACGAUCAAGUCAAUUUAUCGUCUACCAG